AUGGUGAUCUACAUGAGCUUCAUCCGAUGGCCAACAGUCAUGCCCAGGGCCAUGCUCCUGUGGUCCCUUUUGCUGCUCAUGCCCCAGGCCAGGGAUGCACAUCUGGAAUGCGGUGAAAGACCCGUUUUUGAGAGAGGAGCUCAGUAUUCCAGAAUCAUAGGAGGGACGGAGGCUGAGGUGGGUGAGUUUCCAUGGCAGGUGAGUAUUCAAGCAAGAAAUGAACAUCUCUGUGGUGGCGCCAUCAUCAACGAGUGGUGGAUUGUCUCAGCGGCUCACUGCUUCCACUCUGAGAUCUCGCCAACAGAACUGAGAGUCGUGCUGGGAACGAAUAGCUUAAGCAGCCCAUCCCUGGAAAUAAAGGGGGUCACAAGCAUAAUUCUGCACAAGGACUUUCAAAAGCUCAACAUGGACAAUGAUAUCUCCUUGCUGCUGUUGGACACGCCCAUCACAUUCAGCGAACUGAAAGAACCCAUCUGCAUGCCCACAGAGCCUGGCCUCUCCAGGUGGCACAAAUGCUGGGUGGCAGGAUGGGGGCAGACCCAAACUGGUCUCACACAGCCUAUGGAGAUAGAGCUGAUGAAAGUGCCCAUGACCAUCACGGAGUGGGAGAAGUGUUUAAAGGAAUUUCCAAGACUUACCAAAAACAUGCUGUGUGCUGGAUACGAGAAUGAGACCUACGAUGCUUGCCAGGGUGACAGCGGGGGGCCUCUCGUCUGUACCACAGAAGCUGGCAAGAAGUGGUACCAGGUGGGCAUCAUCAGCUGGGGAAAGGGUUGUGGACGGAAGAACAUUCCAGGAAUAUACACCUUGUUAGAAAACUACCACUCCUGGAUCAAGAAGAUGUCACCCCCCCCUCUUCCCGGCUGCCCGGGUGCCGGUGUCGCCGGCCUGGGCGCUCUGCCACGACCGCUGUGGGCACAGAUGGAGCCCAUGAAGUGGACUGCUGACCGCCACUCGAGGUCACCUGGUUUCCUAUGAAGCAGAUUCUGGGCAAUUUCUCCCAGGAGAAGCAUUUGCAGCUCAAAGCUCUGCGGGCAUCCUUCCCCCAUCGCCGCCCCCUCCCGCAACACAGCUCGCUUGUUUGGAAAGUAA